AUGUCAUCCGACAAUGCAGCGGUGGACAAUGUCUCAUCGCCCGAUCGAUCCAAUGACUCAGCUACUGAAGCCAGGGUAGAUACUUGUCCCAAAGACACGUCUUCUUCUCUAUCGACUCGUCAAACUACCAACGACGUGAACGGCACCAACAACGACUCAGCUUCUUCUCCCAACUCGAAUGAAUCCGAAUCCUCAGAUGGUGAAAAGGCAUCGAGCAAGCGACCCACUUCGGAUCCCGGGUACAAGGCUACGUCGGAGGCAUUGGUGAGAAAAUUACUGCAACUAUCAUCGCCACGCAUGGAUAUCAAGAUUGUUAGUGUCUUGUUGCAUGAAGGUGUAAUGGAUAUAUUCAUGUCUCAUAUUUCACGUCUCAAGGAAGAAGAACAAGACUCGGCAUUGUCAUCAUCAUCAUCACCAUCAUCAUUAUCAGAUCGUAUCAACUAUGCUGGAUAUAAACGUGACACCGAUGAUUUCGAAGCAACCAAGCGCUCUUAUCACGCCAUGGAAUUGUUGUGUGGUACAAGCGCUAAUCAUUAUUGGGUACAGGAUUCUUGUUUCCAAACAAUCGUCACUCACCUCCUCGACGUGUUAUCACCCAAGUCGGAUGGCAACCUGAACCAUUUUGGCAAAAUUUUUCAGCACAUGGUUCGAAGGCACCCUUGCGAUAUGAUGAAUUACAUGAUCCUCCAAGAUGAUGCAUCCAAGUUUUACGACAUUUUAAUGCCCUAUCUGGCCCAUGGACCCAUCACCGACUCUAUUCUCAGUCUUCUAUUUGUCUAUGACAACAAUGAGGAAUCACGAACAAAACGACAAAGCAGUUUGGAAAUGCUAAGUAACCAUGGUUUCCUUCAAUGGUUCUUGGAUGCGAUUCAGCUGGCUGAUCAACCGGACUUCUCGAACGCUGCCAAGGACUUGUUUUUGAGGAUUGUGGAAGAGGCAUCUCAAAUGGAUGGAUCAGCACCUCUAUUCAAUGAGCUUAUGGAAGAUGCGGGGGCUGAUAUUGUGAGCUUCUUGGUCAAGUUUAUCAAAGAUCAAGCACCUUCUAGAAGUCGACAACAUACAAUCAACAUGCUAAAGAGUCUUGCAACCAGUGGUUCUCCACCAACAAGAGCAUCCAGCACAGCGCAACCUAUACAAGGGCCAUUGUACAGCAUAUGUCAUCGUGUGCGAGAGCUUUUAACUGAUCAUAUCCCUGCAUUGUGCAAUAUAAUCCUCCAGGAUUAUGAUUCCCUCCCAAGUCAUCCGUUUACUUUAUCGCAUAUGGCGAUCCUGGACAUUAUCUACUCCACAUUAUCUGAUGCAAGCGACAAGGAGACGACAUUGGAUUCCGUGCCUGAUGCAUUCUGGAAAUUGUAUAUUGAUUUAUUCUUUGAAAAGACGACAAGCAGCAUUUACCAUACUAUGUUUUACAAGAUAUUCUAUUUACUAUUGUCCACCAACUAUGAACCCAUCUUAUCGACCAUCUUGCAAGAGCAUGAUCUAAUUACCCGCAUGAUCCAAUCUUAUGGCAAAGGCAAGGCAUCAGAAUCCCGAGGGUUUGUUCUGCUGAUGCUGAAUCAUCUCAGGCUUAAAUCGGAUGCUGAUCCCUCUGGCAUGGUCCAUGGUAUUAUGACAUCACACGAGCAAUAUAAAGAAUUCUUACCGACGUUAAGAUCCGAUACGCUCGCACAGACUGAGACCAAAUACGCAUGGAAGCUUGAUACAUGUGCACGGCCAGCUCCUCACCUUGGACCAACACCCCCGCUAAGAUUCUCGCUCAUGUAUACGUCAUACAAUGCUGCAACGCUACCAUUGAUGGGUGCUGGGGAACCAGAGCCGAUGGAUGAUGCUACUUCUUCGGGAAUUGACUUGGGAAGUGAUUACGCCUAUUGUUUAGGUUUUGAUCAUUCAGCACGCCAUGAUGGAGGUGAGCUUCAGAGCAACUACCAUUCCCGAAGAAAUUCUUUAUCCGGUGACAGCUGCUAUUCUUCUGAAAGCGGUGAUUCUCGACCUACCUCUCCAUCCAACCACCUCCAUCACAGCUCCACCACGAGUAAUGGAUCAUUCCCAGCUGGUCUGUUUUUUGAAAGUUUGACACCUGAAGAGCCGUCAUCAGAAACCAAAAAGAAAAAGAAGAAAAAGAAAAAGCCAACUAGUGUUGUAUUUGAUGCAGAAUAA